AUGAGCCUUCAGAGCCUUCCAGCGGAGGUUACCCUCCAACUCUUCCAAUUGUUGGAUAACAUCGACGAUGCGCUCCGUCUAGGGCGUUCCUGCCGUCAGAUGUAUCGUAUCCUAGACCGUCCAGGUCAUCGGCACACGAUCAUGAAGUCGAUUAUUCAACGCUCAGAGUAUCACAAACACGACCUCCAGCUCUCCUAUCUGGCGCAAUUUCAUGCGGAAUGCACAGAAAUCUACGCUACACAACCGCGGCUGCCAAUGUCCCGCCGACCGGACACGGACAUGGUUAAGUUGUUUCAUGAACCGUCGGCAGACCUCCUCGCGUCUCCGCUGGUCGUGGCGGAAAUCGUCACCAGGUGGCAUGCAAUGAAGGAAUUGUUUGAUCUCUACUGCAAAAAGCGCGUUCGAUCGUCGUAUCUGGCGGACUGGGAGACAUCAUGGAACUGCUCUCCAGAAAUCGACGGGGAAUAUGAAACCGCCGGACGAUCUACUAAAGGUAUUUGCGAUUCCUUUGCGCAACUCACGCUGCAAGAGAAGCAGCGGGCCUACGAGCGAUUUUACCGUGCUCUCACGGCCCAUUGGGUCGCCGUGGAGUUGACCCGGGUGAUCCGAGUCUCCAAGCACAAAACGGAAAGGGAUUUCAAACGGUGGGAAAGGAAAGUCUACAAUCGAUGGGCCGACAACCCACAACGUUCCCUGGAGGAGAAGCUGGACAUUUUUGAGAUUCUGGACUUCGUGUGGCACUUCCUGGUCAGCAAGAUAUUUGACCACUCGGGAACUGUUGCCGACUGGAUCGAGGUGGCACCAGAGUCUGCUACGCCUCAUGGUUUUUCUCCCCUCGAUCUAUACGUUUCGCACAUGGAGGGCUCAAGUCAUCCCUCCCAAUUGGAACCAGAUUUUCACGAAGCGCUCGAAGAUGACUACACGGGUAUGUUUAUAGACGAUCUGCGAUCCAUCAUCCGUCCGCCUCACGUGAUCGAGCUUCCGAAGGCUCGGUCUGACUUUGACCAACCGGAAUAUGUGCGCAAGCUGGGCCUCUUGGACCAGUCUUACCGGUGGGAACAAACAAAGGCCGAUGGGUUUCAAACAUACCAUGUUGACCUCUAUGACAUUGAUCUCCCGGAUACAGAUAUUCUGUCGAGCCUUUCAGCUAUGGCAUUGCGCGCCCAAGAGGGGGAUUCGUGCCAGCUGAUCACAACGAGAUAUCGAGAUGACGACAGAGCAAUUAACGAGAUGAAAUGGGAGGUAUGCAGGGAACAAUGGGAACGUUACAAGGAGAAUCCCUGGAAUACCGAGAUGAGAGGGGGCAUUUUCUUCCGCCAAGAGACACAGAUCCAACUAUUCGAGCGCAUAAUCGACCUUGAAAGGGAAAGUUGUUAG